UUGCUUCCCUCGUCGUACCUCUGUUCACUCCUCGUCAUCCUUUCUUCUUCUCAGUGACGUCUGCCACGCCAGGCGCUCAUGGCUUCCUCCUCUUCCUCUUCCAAGCCUCACCAUGAUCGCCUCGCCCGGUUGCAGGCUCAACUCAAAGAGCUCAGGCUGGCUCCCUCGAGCGAGCUGGUGGGCAGCAGGUAUAGCCGCAAUGAGAUCAAGGAGAUGCUACAGAAGAGAUUCACCGCCACGCACAAUCGGAUAGAACAGCCUGGGCUUGAUGAGCUGCAAGUUCAUUGGCGUCGCACUCCGGACCUCAAGUCGCUGCUACCAUCCGACCCCCUUCCGCAAACAACAUCGCUACGCUUUAUCCGUGCUGGUCUAGAUGGUCACAUCAUUGGCUCACAGGAGGUGGUCACCCAUCAGCCCGCCUCGUCCUCUGCUGUAGCCAGGAAGACGCAGCUCGAGCUACGUAAGCUCGCAGCUACACAGCGCAAGGGCAUGAGCUUUGUACGUGGGCGCAGUGGAGGGACCAUGUUCAUGCCCGGUGGUCUGGACGAUGAUGAUCUCGCUCUAGAGCCAGAAGGCGAGGUCGAUGGAGUGGAAGCUGAGGUGAAGCAGGUCGAGGCAGCCAUCAAGGAUUGGGGCAGGGGGUUGCGCACCAUCCCUCCAGGCUUCGAACGCGGCUUCAGGGCUCCUGGUCAAGGCGAAGAGGACGAAGAGGAUGAGGCAGAUCUCAUGGACGAUGAUGCUUCCAAGGGCCUAGUUGCCGCGCCCGUGUACCAGCCAUCCCUCAAGCAGCCCGCAUCCCUCAAGGUGUCUGGAGCGCCUGAGCCGCCAUCAAGCAAUGAAGCCACCAACGAGCUCGAUGAGCUCCUGCCCACGGAUAAGCCGCAUACAGGCGCAGAAGCAUCCUCGUCUCGCUCCAAGGGCCGGCAAGACAUUGAAAAGAGGGAGUGGGCGCACGUAGUAGACUCUUCAAAGCGUUUGGCAAAUUUCGAUCAACUCAUUCCUCACCCAGCACACAAGUUCCCUUUUACAUUAGACCCUUUCCAGCAAGAAGCUGUAUACCAUCUAGAGCAAGGAGACAGCGUAUUCGUCGCUGCUCAUACAUCGGCGGGAAAGACAGUCGUUGCAGAGUACGCCAUUGCUCUUGCACAGAAGCACAUGACCCGCUGCAUCUAUACCUCACCCAUCAAAGCACUCAGCAACCAAAAGUACAGAGACUUCAAGACCACGUUUGGCGCUGAGAACGUCGGCAUUCUGACUGGAGAUGUGCAGAUCAAUCCAGAGGCGCCAUGUCUGAUCAUGACGACGGAGAUUCUGCGAAGUAUGCUCUACAGAGGAGCGGACCUGAUCCGUGACGUCGAGUUUGUCAUCUUUGACGAGGUGCACUACGUCAAUGACCAAGAAAGAGGAGUGGUUUGGGAAGAAGUCAUCAUCCUCUGUCCCCAACAUAUCAGCUUGAUCCUGCUCAGUGCGACAGUCCCCAAUACCCGAGAAUUUGCCGACUGGGUAGGAAGGACAAAGAAGAAGGACAUCUACGUCAUCUCUACAUCGAAGCGUCCAGUCCCUCUUGAGCACUUCUUGUAUGCCAACAGGGACAUCUUCAAGGUCGUCGACGCCUCUUCGAGAUUCCUUGAGUCCGGCAUCAAGGAGGCUGGUGAUGCACUCAAGCGUAAGCAAGACAAGGAGAGGGAAGCUGCAGGGAUCGCCCAGCCUGUGCGGCAAGGCGCCAGGGGCGGUAGCGCAGGAGGAUCCAACGCCCGUGGUGGCAGAGGUGGCGGAGGAGUGCAGCGAGGCGGGUUGGUCGCCCGUGGUGGGACACCAGCUCAGAGAGGACGUGGUGGGGCAGCAAGUAUGGCCCGUACCAUGGGAGGCGACACAAAGAAUCUCUAUGUCCACCUCACAGGUCUACUCAAGAAGAAAGACCUCCUACCCGUCGUGAUCUUCGUCUUCUCCAAGAGGCGAUGCGAAGAGUAUGCUUCUAGUAUACCUAAUACGGACCUGUGCACUGCCAAGGAGAAGAGCGAGGUGCACAUCGUCAUUGAGAGGAGCUUGAUGCGGCUGAAGGGCAGUGACAGACAGCUGCCGCAGAUUCAGCGUAUGAGGGAGUUGCUGGGUAGAGGUGUCGCUGUUCACCAUGGUGGCCUGCUGCCAAUUGUCAAGGAAAUCGUCGAGCUCCUCUUCCAGCGAGGUCUAGUCAAGGUUCUCUUCGCUACCGAGACCUUUGCCAUGGGUGUCAACAUGCCCGCGCGAUCCGUCGUCUUCUCUGGCAUCAGGAAACACGAUGGACAUUCCUUUAGAGAGCUUCUGGCGGGUGAAUACACGCAGAUGAGUGGUCGUGCUGGAAGGAGAGGCUUGGAUAAGACUGGAGUAGUUAUCAUCAAUGCUGCUGAGGAGCUGCCAGAGACCGCCAUUCUACACAAAAUGCUCCUUGGUCAACCGACGAAGCUGCAGUCCCAAUUCAGACUGACCUACAAUAUGAUCCUCAAUCUGCUGCGAGUCGAGACGCUCAAAGUCGAGGAGAUGAUCAAGCGCUCCUUUUCCGAGAAUGCAUCACAGCGACUUCUCCCCGAUCAGCAGAAAAAGGUUGAAGAGAGGAAGAAGAAGCUGGAGAGGCUCCCGCGUGUCCAGCCUCCCGAGCGCGAAGAGGAGCUGCGUCGCUAUCAUGACGCGGCCAGAGCUGUAGGCGUGGCUUUCCACGGUGUGCUCGAGCUGGCCCUGGAGCAGCAACAGGGCAGUAAGAUUUUUGCACCUGGGCGAGUGGUGCUGCUCCGCGAUGCGCACUUCAACAACAAUCCAGCCGUGCUGGUCAAGCAAGUCGCAAGUCGAAUCUUUCUCGUCCUAGCGGCUGUCUCACCUCGACGCAAAAAGGGAGAGUACGACCUUGAAGACGAUUCUCAGGUUGCACCUCGGUGGCCCCCUGUCAUGUCCACCGAAGGUGAGGAAGAAUUGGUGUACGACCUGCGAGAAGUGCCACUGCAAAGCCUUUCCCUGGUGACGAAGCACACGCUCAAGAUUGACCAGUCGAUGAUCAUGGCGCAUCGUAUCUCUGCAAUGAACAAGACCGUCGAGGCAAUGCAGGGCACGAUAGUCGAGUUGCGCGCCGCGGGAGAACGGGCGGCUAGCAGUCAGGAGGUGGAGUGGUCCAAACUGAGGAGGCUUGACUUCCAAGAGUCGCUCAAGAGUCGAGAUGACAGAGCAAGGACUGUGGCUCCCAUUGAGGAAGGGGAGAACUUUGCAAAAGAGUAUCGGAUCACUCACGCUCGAAAAGGCCUAGAGCGCGAAAUUGCUCGCAUCGAGCACUCCAUGUCCAACCAAAAUCUUGAGCUCCUCCCAGACUACGAGCAGCGCGUCGAGGUCCUCAAGACACUCCGGUUCAUCGACCCCCUCACCGAAUCUGUCCUUCUCAAAGGUCGCGUCGCCUGCGAAAUCAACUCUGCCGAUGAGCUAGUCCUCACAGAACUCAUACUCGACAACGUCUUCGCUACGUACACCCCAGCGGAAAUCGUCGCGCUGCUAAGCGUCUUUGUCUUCCAGGAGAAAUCAGACAGUGAGCCUGUGCUGACUGAGCGGCUGCAGGAGGGACUAGCUACCAUCCUCAGUACUUCAGAGCGGGUAUCUCAGGUGCAAGCAGAGCAUCAGUUGAACUACAAUGACUACUCCACCUCUCUCAAGAUUGGACUGGUAGAAGUGGUGCACCGCUGGGCCGAGGGGACUUCCUUUGAGGAGAUUACCCAACUGACAGACGUCGCGGAAGGGACUAUUGUGAGAGUUAUGACAAGGUUGGAUCAGACUUGUUUGGAGGUCAGGGAUGCGGCGAGGGUUAUUGGAGAUGGGCAAUUGAAGGAAAAGAUGGAAGAGGCACAGGUGAUGAUUAGGAGAGAUAUUCUUGCUGCGCCCAGCUUGUACUUUUGAGGUGAGGUGAGGUGGAGGGGCAAAGUCAAGCGCAGCUUAGAGCACAGUCCAAAGGCCCUGUAUAUGUUAGACGCUCCACAGAUGCGUUCAUUGUGUCCGGCAAUAGGUUGGCACUGGAACACAGAGAUUCUCGUCGAGCAAAAGACGAUAUAAAACGCAUUGAUAAAUGAACCGGAUGUUGCC